AUGGCUGAAAUGACACAGGAUGAAAUGGAAACGAUGGCAUUCCAUCUACACGAUAUUGCAAAUGACUUAUUAUCCACUGUCCAAUCACUUGACUCUUCAACCACUAUGACCCAUACAACCUCCCGUAAAUAUUUGACUCGUAUUCGAGGCAUCUCAAAGUUCCUCACUUUAAUCAAAUCAGAACAGUCCUUCCUAUCCACUCUUUUGGUCAAUCCAUCACGCAUCAAGCCAGCGCAUGUUCGCUGCUCAAACGUCCCGUACCUGUCAUCCGUGCUGAAAUCGGUUCAACAGGAAAAUGGAGUAGCAAGUGUAUUUCAUGUUUUUAAAUACUUUCCGGGCGGGAAUCAUGGAUCUGAUAAACAAGACAAACCAUCUAAUAUUCGAGUGGAUGUGGUUGCUGCUGGUGGGAUGAGAUGGAUCAAAGUCAAGGCUUCAAACAUGUUGAGUAAUCUGGAAGAUAUCGAAACAGCUGACGACGAAUCUGAUAUCGACGAUCUUGAUUCAUGCAAGUCCACGUUGCCAUCCGAUAGCAACAGUGAUGCAGCUCAACAAUCCAAUGGAGAUGCAUUCAAUACCACUGCAGGUCAAUCUCUAGUUCUACAAGGAAAACUCCCUCUUAUUAUUCGGCAAUCGCUUGAAUUGCUCGAAGCAGCUAGACAGAAUCAGAUGCAUUACACAACUCCUACUGUUGUGAUCAAAUUUCUUGGAUCAAACCUCGCCGAUCAAAAGAAUGCCAAAAUUGUUAGCAGGCUACAGGAGUUGGGUAUUGUGGUUGAGUUUGGACUAGGCUCCAACACAGAGCCUGACAUGUCCCAUACAUUUGCUAAUGCGACUCUGCAGGAUGAUGCCACGGAUUGUUCAACAGUGCUUACUGGAUCCAUGUCUAAUGAAACUGUACAAAAGGAGCCUUCAAAAACACAUACUUCAUUUCCACAGCUGGCAGCUCAACCACAUAAUUUUGAGCUGGAUUCACUCACACAACUAGUGGUGACUCGUUCUGCUUUUGACAAGUUUGCAAAGAUUGUAGAUGUAAUCGGAGGAGAGAUGGAGCGAGCGCGAUCAAGACUGAUAUUCCGAAAAGAAGAUGUUCAUGGAUCUGUUUUUGACAAUGAUCGAUACCAACAGGUUGUGCCAGUGUUGUCGAGUGAUAUCCAUGGCGUACAUUACUUUUCAAAAAUGGCCAAGAUUCAAGUGAUUGAUGACGAUCCAUCGGAGCGAUUUAUGGAGUGGGCAAACAAGUGUCCGAGAUUUGGAAUGCAUAAUGUAAAUAUAUUUGGAACGGGAGAUAAGUUGCGAAUGACAACUGUGACUGCGAAUGCAUCUGCUGGCAGAACAUUGGCGGAAGCAGGGUUUGCCGAUGUGUCAUUAUGGUUACAUAUGCCUCGAUCAUUGGUGGAGCAGCGAGUGUUGAAAUGGAUCAAUCGAACUCAAUAA